ACCGUAAACACAGCAGUAUCACCACGUUACUUCCUCCUUAAUCCUGGCCAACCCCUCUUCCUCUGCAUUACAACCAUAUAUUUCUUGCGACUGCAUUUGAAAUUCGAAGAUGUCAAGCGACGAACAGUUUGACAGCGCCCUGGACCUUCUCCGCCGGCUGAAUCCCAAACAUACUUCGCAGAAUCUCCAGGCCAUUUGCACACUUGUACCAGACCUCACCGAAGAUCUACUCUCCUCCGUCGAUCAACCGCUUGAAAUCCGCCGCUGCAAAAAGACUGGCCGAGACUAUCUGCUUUGUGACUAUAAUCGAGAUGGCGAUAGUCAUCGGAGUCCGUGGAGCAAUGAAUUUGAUCCCCCACUGAGCGAUGGCACGAUGCCGAGCGAAAAGGUUCGCAAGAUGGAGAUUGGUGCAAAUGAGGCGUUUGAUGUUUAUCGGGAGCUCUAUUACGAGGGCGGUGUUUCCAGCGUUUACUUCUGGGAUCUGGAUGACGGAUUCGCUGGCGUGGUUUUGCUGAAGAAGGCUGCCUCACCUGGAGGCAAGAGCCAAGGAGUAUGGGACUCGAUCCACGUCUUCGAAGCUGUCGACCGCGCACGCACCGCCCAUUACAAGCUCACUAGCACCGUUAUUCUUAAUUUGAGCACAGAUACUGAGGGACUUGGUGGCAUGGAUCUCAGUGGUAAUAUGACACGACAGGUUGAACAGGAUCAUCCCGUUGAGAAUGACGCCUCACAUAUUGCCAAUGUUGGCAAGAUGGUCGAGGACAUGGAGCUGAAAAUGCGGAAUUUAUUGCAGGAGGUGUACUUUGGCAAGGCAAAGGAUGUUGUAGGCGAUCUGCGAAGCAUCCCCCCUCUGACUCAGGCCAACAAGGACCGCGCCACGCACCAGGAAAUGAUCAACGCUAUGCGCCGAUAAAGGAGCAGCCGGGUUUUAUACUUACUUUGACUGUCUCAACGAUGCAUACGUUUUCACUCAUCCAUCAAUCCAGUACUUCCUCUAUGAUUUUCCUCUUGGCCUCAUUUCCCGUUCGGAAAUUUUCAUGGCCUUUGUUUCUUGAAGCAAAGCAUUAUACAGUCCAAAUCACAUACAUACAUGAUAUAGACUUUGAUCGAUUGGUCUUCAUCCCUACAAAUAUGCAAUUCGAUAUCAUCGCAAUGUCAGCUAAAACAGGUAGAAUUCUGUUGAACUGAUUGUGUUGGGC